GUGCCUGCCUUGACGUACCUGCCUUGACGUCUGCCAGUGUUUACCUCACCACCAAGACUUCACUUUCCACUCCCACACCGAAAUCCAAAUUGUUCUGCAACAAUCUACAAAGCCCUUUUAAGUUUCAAACUUCAUUCAACCUUCCAAUUCCGGACAUAAUCAAUAUGCCCGCACAAAUGACCUCUCCUCUUCGCCGCAGGCUCGAGCGGAUUUACCCCGGGCAAAAUGACUCGAUCAACACCUAUCGAGUUCUCUCACACAGCAACGAGAACAAGGUCGAUGAGUACGACGAGAUUUACGAGCCCGAGGCUCGACCCGACCACACGGCCCCACGACAGGCUUUGAGGGAGAGGCCUCAAAGUCUGGUCAACUUGCCUCGAUGUGGCCGACCACUGGGUGAAAUCAUCAGUGGGUCCAGCACCGCAGCUGGACAGAAUACCCGGCGAAGUGUUCGUGUGGCAGCGAGGGCCACAAAGUCGACGCCUGCUCAGCUGCUGCACCAGGCUGGAGCAGUUUCUUCACCAACGGUGCCGAAAGCUGCUCAACAUGGCAGCUUACUUAAUCCCCUCGACCAUGUUGAGGAGGAGAAGGAGGAAGAGGAUCUUCCAUUGGACCCUCAAGAUGUGACUAUCUUCGAGGAUGAACCCUACGCCGAGGAACAAAACGACGAAGAGGAAAACGAGUCGGGCCUCGGAACAGGGGAACAGCAAGUCAGUCGAGGUCACGAAAGCCAGACGCGCAAGCCAAGAAAGUCAAACCGUCCAUGUGAGCCAGACACUUUCGCUUGUCUUCACCAAGGUUCUACAUCAAUACCUUUAGUUGAGAGUCACCUAAAUUGUAGGCAACAAAGUAUUCUAUGGAGUUUUUUAGCAUGUUCCCUGGUCUGCUGUCGUGUGGUGUACUUUACAUCCUCAGUCCAGACUUCGCCGUUUCUUCUGCAACAUGAGAGUCUGCCUGCUUCUCAACACCUUGAUCCUUUCUUGAUAGAAGUCUGAAGGCUGAAAGUAGCCUAUAGCGCCUCUCAAGUUUCACAAACGACAGCGGGCAUGACCUCCAAGCUUACCAAUUUUUAUGUAUAACUUGUAGCUAGCAUAAUACCUAGAGAUAUAAUUUAAUCAAGG